GCAAGCUCAUCUGGGAGGAGUCAGGCGACAGAGUAUGCGCCUGGUUUUUCCCUACAAUUGUUGCUGUACGAGACUGUUUCUCCUUGGCAGCGUCGCUUGAAUCAUCAACCACACUCACGAUUCAUGUGGCUACGGUGUUUAUAGAAAUAAAUCUAAAUCGAACUUCGCGUCUACUCUGACAAUAUCAACGUGGAAAAAACACUAAAUACUGCUACUGUUGUGCUUGUGAUGUAAGCGACAAGACCGUGUUGGUAGCAGGAUGGUGGCCCAGCGGUGACAGCAACAGACAGUGACAACAGUUACAUUUCAAAGCAAUAGGUAGCAAGAGAGCAAGUAUUUGGCGAAAAUAUCCAGUGGAAGAAGAAAGACGUAGGCGAGCAAAUGGGCGAGAUCAAGAAGAACAAGGUGGGGCCGGAAACACCGAACAAAGGAAGAGGACGAAGAGGCGGGUCACCAGGUCGCCCACCUCCCACUCUCCGCCGUUCGUCGCUCAUCAGCUUUGAGGGAGAGGAUGAAAAUAGCAGAGUUGAGGUGAAGACCGGGUGCUGCGGACUGGACCCCACCACGGGCAGGGGAAAGCAGAUCCAUCUGCUACAGAUCUUGUUGCUGCCCUUCAUCCCCAUCAUGGCGCUCAUCAUCCAGAACUCCAUCAACAUGGUCACCGUGCUCGAGUACCAGUAUGACAUGCAGGAGACCAUUGACCAGGUCCAGAUCAGCACAGGACUCGGCAACGUGACGGAGGCGCUGCAGUCAGAGCGGGCCGAGAUCGCAUUUUAUCUUUUCACCAACGGGUCCGUCAUCCGCGGAAACCUGACGGAACACUUCAAAUACACUAACAUGCUGCUCGACGAACUCAAGUGGCCUGUCUUCCGUCAAGAACACGAACUUUUCAAUAACAAGAUCCUCUUCCGAAUUCGCCUCGAUGACUUCAGGGAUAAAAUCACUAAGUUCGACACCCCGUCAGUCCAGGCCGGGAUUGCUUUCUACAACAAAGCCAACUACAUCUUCUUAGAUCAGUUAACGAGCGAGAUUAAUGAGAAGGACGCAGCCGGGGUGUGGAGGCCGCUGCUGGCCUAUAAGAAUAUGAUACGCGCCAUCGAGCAUCUGGGCAUCUCCAUGGUGUUCGGCCUCCAAUACUUCGGUCGAGGAGCGCUGAACCAGAAGAGUUAUAUUGCCUUCGUCACCAACGACGCUCUGGGAUACGAUUUUCUCAACACCAGUCAAAACUUCGAAUUCUGGAUUACUGACAGAUACAAGAACCUGCAAGAGAGCUAUGCCUGGUAUGCCAACAUCACCCGCCGCCGCCUGGAGGUCCUCGGCCGCACCAAGAUCGACCCCGACUUCGACAAGGCCACAGAGUACUUCUACGCCAUGCUGGGUUACCUCGACGCCCUCCAGAAAAUCCAAUAUGAAAUACGACAUGUGAUCGAGCGGACGCUGGUGUCUGAAAUGAACGCGUCUAACAGCCAUGUGGUGAUAGGCAUCGCUCUGCUGUGUGUGGUGCUGCUCAUCUCGCCUGUCAUCAUCCUACUUGUGCGCAUGAUGACCCGAACACUACAGGCGUUUUCAGAUACACUCAUCCACAAGACCCACGAGUUAGCCUACGAGCAAAAGCGUUCCGACACGCUCCUCUACCAGAUGCUGCCGCCCUCCGUCGCCCAGCAGCUAAAGCAACACCGGGACGUGUCAGCCGAGACCUACGAGUCGGUCACUAUCUAUUUCUCCGACAUUGUGGGUUUCACCGAGCUGUCUUCAGAGAGCACCCCCAUGCAGGUCAUCUCUCUACUUAAUGCUCUUUACAAGAUGUUCGACUCCCGCAUUGAGCUCUACGAUGUCUACAAGAUAGAAACCAUUGGUGAGAUCUACAUGGUGGCCAGUGGUGUGCCGCAGAGAAUAGGCAAGGACCACGCGGCGGAGAUCGCCUCUAUGGCCCUCGACCUUCUUCACGGCACGGAGAAUUUUCUCAUCCCUCACAUGCCCGGGGAAAGGAUCCAGAUAAGGAUGGGGGUACAUUCUGGACCAGUGGUGGCUGGUGUGGUGGGCACUAAAAUGCCGCGCUACUGCCUUUUCGGGGACUCCGUCAACACCGCCUCCAGGAUGGAAUCUACUGGACUGCCCUUCAAGGUGCACAUCUCCUCCGACACCAAGAACGCGCUGGACCGAGUGGGAGGAUUUAUCGUCAAACUACGUGGCGAGAUGGAGAUCAAGGGGAAAGGCUUCAUGGAGACAUACUGGUUAAUUGGGAAACACGGUAUUGUGGGCGACCGUCAGCCACUGCAGGAGAAGCAGGAAGAGAUGGAUGUUAUGGCCGUCAACCCCCACAGCGAGAAGGUACGACAAGCCCAGGAAACAGACGUCACUCUCAGCGGAUGCUCAGAAUUUUUCGCAAAGUUCAGGUCUAUCUGCUAGACGGCGGCGACGCAAGGCGGUCUCUCACCACCAUCACCGUGAUAACAUUGGAACCUCUGGUAAACAACAAGUAAACAAUGUUACACGACAUCGCCUUUCUCUGUAUUGAACAAAAACUGUAUAUUAUGAUAACAAGAGUAAAGAUUCACUGAUAUUGA